AUGUCAUCAUCUGCAACAUCUACAACAACGACAACAACAUUCCCGCUAUCACAACAAACAAAAAUGUUUACAAAACAUUUUCGAAGAAAAUCCAUGGAUUAUAAUCAGCAUCACAGUAGCAGCUUUACACAAAGCCAUCGGCUAACAAUGUCCAAUUUAAUAAGAAUAAUUUUUAUUAUAUUAAGUUUAUCAGUAAAUAAGAUAUCUGCCAUUGGUAAUUUUGAAUUAGAAAUAUUAGAAAUCUCAAAUACAAAUAAUCAUUUAUUAUCGGGCUAUUGCUGUGGUGUUCCUUUAGCGUUAAGAAGAACAAAAACGACGGGUUGUCCGCCAUGUUCAACGGCUUUCCGUUUGUGUCUCAAAGAGUAUUCAGCCGCCGAACAGGGCAUUCCCAGCAUAUCGACGGGAUGUUCGUUUGGCAACACAACCACUGGAAUUUUGGGUGGUUCCAGCUUUGUCCUCAGUGAUCCUGGCAGAAAUGCUAUGAUAUUGCCGUUUACGUUUAGAUGGACGAAAUCAUUUACUUUAAUACUCCAGGCAUUGGAUAUGUACAAUACAUCGUAUCCAGAUUCGGAAAGGUUAAUUGAGGAAACAUCUUUUGCCAGCGUGAUUUUACCUUCACCCGAAUGGAAGACAUUGGAUCAUAUUGGACGCAAUGCUCGCAUUACCUAUCGUGUCAGAGUUCAGUGUGCAGCCACCUAUUACAAUACCACCUGUACGACGUUCUGUCGUCCGCGCAAUGAUCAAUUUGGCCAUUACACAUGCGGACCGGAGGGCGAGAAAAUCUGCAUGAACGGCUGGAUGGGUGAUAAUUGUGAAAAGGCUGUUUGUAAAUUGGGAUGUGACCCGGUCCAUGGCCGUUGUGAUAAGCCGGGGGAGUGUGUUUGUCGUCCUGGCUGGCAAGGCCCCCUCUGCAAUGAAUGCGUUGUAUAUCCCGGCUGCAAGCAUGGCUCAUGUUACGGAGAGGCCUGGAAAUGUAAAUGUGAUACUAAUUGGGGCGGUAUACUGUGUGAUCAAGAUUUGAAUUAUUGCGGCACUCAUGAACCCUGCAAACAUGGUGGUACAUGUGAAAAUACCGCACCUGAUCGUUUUCGUUGCACAUGUGCAGAGGGUUUGUCUGGCGAACGUUGUGAAAUUAUUGAACAUCCAUGUGCCACUCAGCCGUGUAAAAAUGGUGGUUCGUGUACGGUGAAGGAAUCUCCCAUACGCAACAGUACCUCCUUGCCAUCCUUCCGGGUAAUGCGAGGCAUGAGUUCGGCCAUGGGAAAGCCGGUUAACAGACGUAAUAUGCCAAUACUUGCCGGAAAUUCUUCAACACUUGUCUCCAAUAUACUACCACAAAAGCCGCCAGUAUCGGAAUUUACAUGUGCCUGUGCCUUGGGAUGGACUGGGCCCACCUGUGAGAUAAAUAUUGAUGAAUGUGCUGGUGGCCCUUGUGAACAUGGCGGCACUUGUAUAGAUCUAAUCGGUGGUUUCCGUUGUGAAUGUCCACCCCAGUGGACAGGCGAUGUAUGUCAAACGGAUGUAAAUGAAUGCGAAAUCGCCUAUCCUCCGUAUUCGCACAACCAGCCCACUUCAACGGCUGCUGCCACGGCAGCGGUUACAGCCUCAGCGUAUGCCCAUUCUACAUCACCUUCGUUAGCAUUGAUUGCUGCCUUGAAUGCAGCAUCUUCAUCGUUAACGGCAAUUGGUAAUGCAACAUUGGCUACCACGAUGACUACGACGACAACGACCAACAACACUCCGCCGACCACCAUCGGUGCCUGUGUUAAUGCCCGACAAUGCAUUAAUCUGCCGGGUUCGUUUCAAUGUGUUUGCCUAGAUGGUUGGGGUGGUCCAACGUGUGCACAAAAUUUCGAUGAUUGCGUGGGUCAGUGUCAAAAUGGUGCUACAUGCAUGGAUUUGGUAAAUGAUUAUCAUUGUAAAUGUGCAGCAGGUUUUACAGGUCGUCAUUGUGAAAUCGAUAUCGACGAAUGUGCCAAUUCGCCAUGUCGCAACGGUGGCGAAUGUGUUGAUAUGAUUGGUAAAUUUAAUUGCAUUUGUCCACUGGGAUAUUCGGGGCCAUUGUGUGAGGCGGCCAAUGAUUACUGCUCACCCUCACCUUGCUUGGUGGGUCACUGCAUAAAUACUGCUGGCAGCUAUUAUUGCCAUUGUCCACCCGGCCGAACGGGAAAGCAUUGUGAGCAAUUGCUUCCCAACUACAAUCAGUCGCUAUGCAAUGGUAAACCCUGUUCGGAAAAUACUUCCACUGCGGUGGGUUGUUACCCGGGCCAAUGUCAAAAUGGUGGCAGUUGUGUGGCUAAUUCGUCGGAUAAAAGUUUGCCAGCACAAUGCCGUUGUGUUUCCGGAUGGACUGGUCCGUAUUGUAAUGAACCUGAAGAUCAGUGCCAUGGGCAACCUUGCCACAAUGGAGCCACAUGUGAAUCAGGCUCCGGUUGGUUCCGUUGUGUAUGUGCCAAAGGAUUUUCGGGACCCGAUUGUCGUAUAAAUGUCAAUGAAUGUUCACCCCAUCCAUGCGAAGGUGGUGGAACUUGUAUUGAUGGCAUUGGUGGAUAUACAUGUGUGUGUCCACCCGAUCGUCAUGGAGCCAAGUGUGAAUUAUUACAUUCCGACUCGAAAUCUGCCAUAAUUGAGGUCAAAGUUGAAACGGGCAACAAAACCUAUUUACUCAUUGCAGUGUUGUGUGGCAUUUUCAUUGUCUUGGUCAUUCUGGCCAUAUUCCUUAGCUUGUUUUGGCGCCAACGUAUUGUUGCCAACUCCACGUCUGGCAUAAAUCUGACACCCUCCAUCGAUUCAUCACGUUUAGAUCCCGAAAAAUCCAACAAUCUGCAAAAUGAAGAAAAUCUACGGCGUUACAUGAAUCCACUGAAGAACAGUACCUCCUCCCUGGUGGAUCGUGUCAAUGAGAAAAAUCUCAAUUUAAAUCCUGAUCCUGAAAUGGUUACAAUUGGCACCUUGGGUAGCGCCUCGUCCUCCACAUCUGGUGUGCAUCGUUCUCAACCCCUGUACACCGAAUCAAAUUUCGAUUACACUCUAGAUGGGAAUGGCAAGAAUAAACAUGAUUCAGCGGUGAAACGUAGCUCACAAAUCCUUCUGCAUAAAAUGGAAAAUUCCGAUAUGAAACGUAAUACCGUCUACAGAUAGUCCACCGUUUAUGUUUAGG